GCUAUAAACGACUCUGUUAACUCCAUGGAUCCGGCCUACAUCAUCUCUGGCUUAUGUAUUGCCGUAUCCGGACUUGUACUCUGUCCCAUUCUCUACGUGCGCUAUUACUCCCGCCGGGCUCGACGUCGAUAUCGAAGAAAGCGUUGCCAACCGUCAACAUUGUGCUGAUCCUUUCCACUCACUCAUGCUCUUUAUGAAUAUUGUACAGAAAAAGAAGUGCUUGGUAUUGCCAUUCUGUCUGUUGUAUCCAUAUUGA